GUGGUGGUGAUGGUAAACGAUUUUUAUUCUGCGUGAAUGUUUCACUAUUGUUUACAAUUUAAAACAUUAGUGCUAGAUAUCAAAAAGGAAAAUGUUGAAAUGACUUAUAAUAGUUCCUCUCCGAUAUAGCUGAACCUGCUGUAGUGCAUAUUGGAUGUGUUUUGAGCAUGGAACCCGGGCCAAGAAGACAAUGGCAGCGAGGGGACAUCCCUCUGCAACUUCCCGUAGAGCAGUCUCCUCCAGUUAAAGAAGAAAUACCUGACAAGUAUGAUGAGUACCUACUUCUUCUUCAACAGAAAAACAGGGUGUUGAAGAAAAUGAAAGCUAAAGAUGACAAACAGAUUGAGCUUGAACAGAAGGAGCAGGGUUUUUCUCUUUAUGUCAACGGAGCUAAUACAAGACUAGGCAUUGGGGGAACUCUGAAGCAUUCUCCUCGGCGACCUAACACCAAGAAACCACUCACUGCUGGAGACAAGCCUCGACGUCCAGUGAGGAGCUUCCAUGGUUUCCUUGAUGAGGAGCAGGAAGAGGAGGGAGUGACUGAUGCAAGUCGAGCCAAGACAGCACCAACUAAAGUGCAGAGGAGAAACUGGCUACAGCAAUCUUUUGACAUCAAAACCAGUGAAGGAGAGAAGCUGAGGGUCAAGUCAAGAAAAGGAGCACAUAUUGAUGAUGUGGGUGGAGACUAUGAUGAUGAUGAGUUUGAGGUCUAUGAGAGCAUGAAAGCAUCACUCUCUACAACAGCAGUAACUCAGAAAGGGACUGACAUACCUGAUCAAGAUGACUAUGAUAAGAUAACUGAGAACCUAACACUGAUCCUUGAGGGACCCAGCGAUGGUGACAGUGACAUUGAGGUAGAUGCAGAACAGUUUAGUAAAGCCGAUCAUCGCGAGAGAGGAGAAGGGAAAAGAAAAUCUAAGAUGGAGGAAGAUUCCGAUGAAGAUGAUGAUGAUGAAUCCAGUGAUCAUCUGCUUCUAAGUAUUGAAGAUGUCAAGAUGCUAAGAAGGAGUCUGGAAGCCAAUGCAGAUAUACGCAGGAGUAUCACAUAUCAUCAGCAUCCUGAGUCUGAUCGAAGUCCUUCAUCAUCCGAAGGGGAAGAUGAGGAGGAAGACAUGGGUGACGACAGUAAAGAGGCAGAGGACGAUAUAGAGGAAGAUAUUGAGAUCCUUAGAGACAGUCUGGAACGUGACGUCAGGCUGGAACAUGGAGACAUGAUUGUACUAGAGUUUGCAGCUCUCGGCAAAGGUCCCAGACAACAAGUGUUAUCAGCAAAGAGGAAACCAGACGUGGAUGAGGUUGCCAUGGUACCCAGACAAGCCAAAGUCCCUGGAGGUCUUAGCAAUGCCAGGAAACCAGUGGAGAUUCGGGAACUGCGGGCCGAUUCAGCCCCUUCCUCCAGCAGACCACUUUCCUCUCAGAAGAAACGCUCCGAUAGAGACUGGCAAGCUUCAGAUGACUUAUCAGCUAUACAGAGAGCUAUGCAGGCAGAGAACGAGGCAGCAGCAGCUAAGAAAGUUACCAGUGGGAGCAGGAGCGCACCACCUCAGCAGAUUGCCAAGGUCAACUCUCCGCUACCUUCACAGCAAUUAGCGCUUCGAUCCUCUUCAGUUGCUUCAACAAACCACUCAGCAGCCGAGCCAGAGCCUGUAACAGCUUUAACGUCAACCCAGGAUUUAAUGUCAUCUCAGAAUCUAGACGAAAACAAGGUGGCGUUUGUACUUGAAAAGGUCAAACAGAUGGAUGCUAGGUCACAGAGGAAGCUUUUGGUUGCUCUGGGGAAGGUAGAGGAUUCAGCAGCCAGGGCUGGCGAUGAGGUAACUCCUGUCAACACACCCAGACAAGAGGGUGGUCAGACAUGGUCAGACAUGCCCCAAGCAGAGGGGGACACUGACAGAUCUGCAAUGUUCACUACACCAAUGUUGGCUCCAAGAGCAAAGCAGGGUGCAGCGUUAACCAGUUCCAGUCAACAAGCCCCACCCUCGGCAUUGUCUGCUUCCAGCACAGAGGUCACGUUGGUGGCUACCACCAACUGGGGGCAUCCAAGUCGGAUCGGUCUGACUGACGUCCAGUUCUUUGACCUCAAUGGGAAGAGAAUCCCCAUGAAUGCUGACCAAGUCAAGCUGGUGGGGUCAUACAGAGAGGUCAAAGGUGACAUUGGUUGUGUCGUCAAUGGAAAAGCUAAGACAACCAAGGAGAGAAACAUGUGGAGUUGCUGCUAUCAACAAGGCCAAAGUCUAGAGUUAGCGUUUAAUGUUCCUACCAUGGGGACGGAUAUAGCAAGGAUUGACGUCUGGAACUACAACAAAAGUCUGAAAGAGCUCAGUAUCGGUUUGAAAGAUCUAAAGAUUCUCAUCAAGGGAAGGACAGCGUGGGAAGGAGAAGUAGACAAAGGAUGUGGCAAUCAAGUAUUCGAUUACAACACAACACUCAACAUCAACAACUCCGAUCACGAAAGACUCACCUCUAGCCAGGAUUGUAACAAACAUGAAAGAGCAGUAGAUGAACAACGGGACAGGAAACAGCAGUUGCAAAAGAACAAUAACGGGUCCCACGGUAAUACUCAAGAACAACAACUAAGCGAUCAAAUCGAUCGUGAGCUCUUUUCCAAGGAGGGGGUCCCUCCGAUGAAAGUAUCGACAGCUGACCCUCGACCCUCUGGUAAGACGGACGGUGAGGCGGAGGUAGGUCGGCCGGAGUUCACGCGGAGUAAGACGAAGAUUCUGAAGUGCUCUAGUGAUAACAUCAAGAUCCCCGUCGUGGAUGAGAGCGUGGAGAUCUACGCAACUCCGAGAGCAUCCUCGAAGUCUCCCACGAGGAAGACUCAAGAAGCACCAUCUGGGAAACAUGUCAUGUCUGGACGUGCUACUGUAGUCUUGAAGGAAAGACCAGACGAUUAUGAGAACAGCCCGCCACAACCAGAGGGGGAGGAUCACAACACAGAAGAGCCAUCUAUGAUGAAACAGUUGCAAAGCAUUACUAGACCUUCAGAGCGGCCAAAGUGGUUACGACCAUCUUGUGAUAAACACACUAAUGGAUCGAAACCAAAGAAGAAAUCCAAAAGACCUCCCUGGCUUAGUGAUUUUAGUGGGCAAGAAGAUGACAAAUCCUCAGAACCUGAGCAAAGCAAUGAGGUCAUCAGCGAGAACAAGAAACAAGACAACACCCUGAAUCUCUUAGCAGACGAUCUUGAAGAAACUCGAUGGAGACAACGAGAGCUCUCAGUGGAUGAGAGUGAUCCAGAGGAGGAUGGGGUCGCUGGAGCUAGGAGGCGGGCACAGUGGCAGUCACACAGGGAGCUAAGUCUUGAAGAAUCCUGGUCCUCAUUGAAUCUCUUCAAUAAAUCACAGAUGGGACGCAUCUCUGCUAAUAUCAACGCCGAUAUUGUUGGUGAUUCUCUAGACGAUUAUGUAUCAGGACUGAAAUUAAAACAAGGCGAAGAUAUCAAAGACGAUAGCAGUGAUGAAUUUGAGAUUCCAUUGUUACCAAUGGGACAGAAGCUAACACUCAAUAUCCGCACAACAUGGGGUGACAACCACUACGUCGGUCUCAAUGGGAUUGAAGUAUACAAGAGUGACGGGGAACCUGUGAACGUUACAGAGAUUUUCGCCGAUCCUUCUGACAUCAACAUCUUGCCAGCUUAUGGUCGGGACCCUCGCGUGGUAUCCAACCUGAUUGAUGGGACUAACCGCACCAGGGAUGAUACACACAUGUGGUUGGCUCCCUAUACACCGGGCGCCAAACAUCUCAUCUAUGUAACUUUUGAGUCUCCAGCCAAAGUUGCUAUGAUCAGAAUAUGGAAUUACAAUAAAUCUCGCAUCCAUUCCUUCCGAGGAGCCAGAGACAUUGAAAUAUCUCUGGACGGACACUCCAUCUUCAAAGGAGAAAUCGAGAGAGCAUCUGGAACAGCUGAGGGAGAAACAGACAGUUUUGGUGAUACCAUCUUAUUCACUGAGGAUGAGGAAAUACUGGAAUUAAUCUCAAGACACGAUGAAGCGUACGUCGCUGAAGAGGAUUGGUUUAGCUCAAGUCAAGAUGAAGACACGACACCGAGACCCAAGACUGCUGACCAAGGAGAGGAACGACCGAUGACCCAGGCCCGGAUGUUCAGAGAGAAGAAGUCGACUGAGGAGAAAGUGAUACCAACUGAAGAUCCUCCUCAUCAUCACCAAGGUUUCUUCCCUUAUGAAGAUGGAGAUGAAGGGGAGAUGACGACACCUACUCCCAUCCAGGCUGGAUCGAGAGUUACGACAGACAGACGAGAUGAGGAUGAGGCUGUCUUUACUUGUCGACAUCUCAAGCUGAACUUCACUGCCACCUGGGGAGAUAUGCACUAUCUGGGACUGACAGGAUUGGACGUUCUCAAUCCAGAGGGGGACGCUAUCCCACUGAAUAUCUCAAUGAUUGAUGCUAAGCCAAGAGAUCUGAAUCACCUCCCUGGAUAUGGAACAGAUGACAGAACAUUAGACAAGUUAAUUAAUGGUGCCAAUGUAACGACCAGUGAUGAGCACAUGUGGUUGAUACCAUUUGCCGAAGGGGAGGAUCACCUUGUGAUGAUUGACUUGGGGAGGGAGGUGCAGACCUCCGGAUUGAGGAUUUGGAACUACAAUAAAUCACCCGAAGACACCUAUAGAGGGGCUAAGAUAGUCCACGUCUUCAUGGACAAUAGGCAGAUCUCACCAAGCGAGGGCUACUUAAUCAGGAAGGGUCCUGGCUUCUGUUAUUUUGACUCGGCCCAGGAGAUCAGCUUCAGUGGUUAUAAAUCGUCACCUAUGCUCACCCAACCCAGUCAGGCUAAGGUUAUUCCUGAUGCAUUGAGGCAAAGUCUUGUGGCGAUGGAGCAGCCAAGUCAGGAGUAUGUACCAAUGCAUAUGCCAUGCGGAUUUGUGUUCCAGCUUCAGCUGAUCUCCACCUGGGGUGAUCCGUACUACAUCGGUCUCAACGGUCUAGAAUUCUACGAUGCUAACGGCGACAAGAUACCUCUUACUGAGACUAACAUAGCAGCGUAUCCAUGCAGUGUGAAUGUCUUGGAAGACGUCAUGGACGACGUUCGUACUCCAGAUAAACUCAUUGAUGGCAUUAAUGAUACGUCUGAUGGCAGUCACAUGUGGCUGGCACCUAUACUCCCUCAUGUGAUAAAUCGAGUUUACAUCAUCUUUGAUCAGCCUCUGGCAGUCUCCAUGAUCAAACUCUGGAACUACAGUAAAACACCGCACAGGGGCGUCAAGGAGUUUGGGCUUCUUGUGGAUGAUCUUUUGGUCUAUAACGGUAUCUUGGGUCAAGUCGUCAAUGCAGCUCGAGGCAUCUUGCCCUCGUUGGAUCUUCCUACUCCUUAUCAUACCAUUAUCUUCACUGAGAAUGAACAACUUAGACGGAAAGAGAGACACUCCAUCAUUCAUAACAGUCCUCACGAUCAGGAUGUCAAGAUGACCAAUGAUUACCAUGUGAUGGCAAACUAUAGCAAUCCAAAGAAACAAACAAACAAACCAGCUGACCAAGCAAUGCGGCCCAAAACCAGUGUAUCCAGCCAUGGGGGCGUAGCAACACGACGCAGGUAGCAGUGAUAAGGUACUGAUGACAACCCAGGGUGGAACCGAGUGCAGAUACUGCACUGAUGCACAUCACUUGUUCUUGGACAGGCAUGGAUAUUGACUGCCAGGUAUUCACUUAUUCAUCCUACUGUUAGUAAAUAUAUACAGGUACACAGUCAACCCUCUUACUGUUCGACUAUUCAAUGUAGUUCACUGUGGAUUUGAAUGAUUAAAAAGCUAUUCCAGACUGCAGUUCGAUAACAUGUUAGCAUGUGGUUAAUGCAUUUACACAUUACACAGUCAACCCUCCUACUGUUUGACUAUUCAAUACCGUUGUGGUUUUGAUUGAUAGAGAUACUAUGCAGGUACGAUACCAUGUUAGCGUGUGGUGAAUAUAUCUACACAGUACACAGUCAACCUUCGUACUGUUUCACCAUUCAUUACCAUCCUCUACGGUUUUGAGUGAUGGGUGAACUAUGCCAGCCUGCUAUUUGAUAUUACACAUUGAGUUAGUUCUAUGCAGUUCACCGUACGCCACCACACGCAACCUGCCUGCACAGUUGAAUGAUUUCAAAUGGUCGGUCAACUCGCUGGGAAAUGUCCAUAGGAUAAUGCACUCUGUAACUCCCAGGUACAAGACCAGGGCUUUAUGAAGAAACAAAAUCUAUGAUUACGAAACUAGGACGCAAGCAAGUAACUCUUCGCCAAACUGGUGAGUCAACGAAAAAUAUCUGUCUUUCAUGCAUUUUCUUAUUGAAAAUCUGUUCUUUGUAAGAACAUAGUUAUUCAUUUACAUGAAUAACUUCUGAAUUUAAUUUAAGAGUAUUAAAAACAAAUGUGCCGUAAUAUUUAUUGUAUAUUUAUUUGUACAUAGUGUAUAAGAUUGGCAAUUUUAAUUGAAUUUGACUUGAUUACUAGUACUUACAAUGUUGUUUCAGUACUUGUUUUUUGUUUGUGUUUGUUUAGAGUAUACAUUGUAUUCACUUCAUUGUUUAAUACGACAUUUUGCUAGUAUUGAUAUUUUUAGCACGUCGUUGGAACCAGUACUUUCAUUGUUUGUUAAACGGCAGGCUGAUGGGGAUCCAACUUCUGGGACCAAUUUCAUAGAGUUGCUUUUAUAAGCACAAACAGGAACAACAAAGGUAUGCUUACCCGAAUAAGGUUACCAACCAAAUUACCACAUUACAGGUACAAUUUGUGACUGGUAGUCUGCUCAUUUCUGCUUAUCGGAUAAUGAUAAGCAAUAUUUUGGUGUUCUAUGAAAUUGAGCCCAGGUUUACAUGUAUUCAUUAUUUUAAAUUGUGAAGUUGUGUGAAUUUACCGAAGAUGUGCCUUACGGAAGCUUAAAAAGUGGAAUUAUUUUCUUUCAAUCAAGUGAGUAUCCCAAACAUAUAGCAUAAUAUCCUGGGUCAAUCAAACACAUACUGCAUUGUUUUAGACUCUAAAAACUGGCUCAAAUUUUAGAAAAAUGUGGAGUUAACCCUUUUUUCAGUUUUGACCUGUUUCAACUGUCAAUAUUUCCCAAAAUAAAGCUUAUAAUAUUCAAAGUCAAUAAUGCUUGAUCCUAAACAAUGUGAAACCUGAUGUAGGCUUGUAGAUUUAAAGUGAAUAAAAAAUGUUUAUGAUUGA